AUGAGUAAAAAGCUAUCGUCACCGAGAAAUGUCAAUUCAAUAACAGGAGGCUUAAGCCGUUUUAUUGUGUUGUUUAGUUACCUCCCUAAAAUUAUUACUGCUUUACCAAUUAUCGUCAAUGAUCGAUCCAUUAAUCAUAUUAAGACCCAUAAAAAGGAACCUAUGUCUACCGAACAAUUAGUGUUUGAACUUAUUAUUUCAGCCGUUUUGGUGUUAUUAGGUGGAUGUUUUGCCGGAUUAACUAUUGGACUUAUGGGGCAAGAUGAAGUUUAUUUAAAAGUUUUGGCCACUUCAGGAGAUAAAAACGAAAGGAAACAUUCAAGAAAAGUUUUAAGAUUAAUCAGUAGAGGCAAACAUUGGGUUUUAAUCACAUUAUUAUUAUCUAAUGUUAUCACCAAUGAAACUUUACCCAUCGUUUUAGAUAGAUGUCUUGGAGGUGGAUGGCCCGCAGUUGUUGCCUCCACAGCAUUAAUUGUUAUCUUUGGAGAAAUUAUUCCUCAAAGUAUUUGUGUUCGUUAUGGUUUAGAAGUCGGUAGUUACUGUUCACCAUUUGUGUUAUUAUUGAUGUAUUUCAUGUAUCCAAUUGCUUAUCCAAUUGCUUUAUUAUUAGAUAAAAUUUUAGGUGAGGAUCAUGGUACCGUAUAUAAAAAAUCCGGUUUAAAGACUUUAGUUACCUUACAUAAAACCAUGGGGGUAGAAAGAUUAAAUCAAGAUGAAGUUACUAUUAUUUCAGCUGUUUUAGAUUUAAAAGAAAAAUCCGUCAGUACUAUUAUGACUCCUAUUGAUAGAGUGUUCACUAUGAGUGCCGAUACGAUCUUAGAUGAAAAGACUGUAGAAGAUAUUUUCAAUGCCGGGUUUUCUCGUAUUCCUAUUCAUUUACCUGGAGAACCAAUGAAUUUCAUUGGUAUGUUAUUAGUUAGAGUUUUGAUUUCUUAUGAUCCGGAAGAUGCUUUACCUGUAGCUUCAUUUCCUUUAGCUACAUUACCAGAAACUGGUAUUGAUACUUCAUGUUUGAAUAUUUUGAAUUACUUCCAAGAAGGUAAAUCUCAUAUGAUUGUAGUUUCAGAAAAUCCUGGUGAACCUUUUGGAGCUUUAGGAGUUUUAACUUUAGAGGAUGUAAUUGAAGAAUUAAUUGGUGAAGAGAUUGUUGAUGAAUCUGAUGUUUAUGUUGAUAUCAAUAAUAACAUCAAAAGAUCUCAACCAGGACCCUUAUCUAAAAGAAAUUUAACUGGUUAUUUACAUAACUUAUACCAAAAAUCAGCAUCAGUUUCCAAAAGAACUUCCAUUGAUAAUACCGAUCCAAUUUCUAAGGAUCAAUACAAACCUGGUUUAGGAUCACCAAAAGGUGGUUAUGUUCAUGAUUCAAGUAAAACUUGGAAACCUAUUAACCCUGCUGAUAAUCCUAUUGAAACCAAUAAGAGUUUCGUUACUAUCAAAAGGCCGGAUAUUGAAGGAGUUAAAAAUCUCGUAUCCAAGGACAAACAUACUGUUGCUGUUCAUGAAACCGAACAAGGAGCUUUAGAUCAUGCUAAUGAUAAUCAUGUUGAUGAUCAAGUUCAUUCCAUUAAUAUCGCCAAUGGAAGUAAUGGUAAGAAAUCACGCCAAGGGUCUUCAUCUUCUGAUCAUAAAUUCUUAUUACCUAAUGAAAGAGAAGCCGAUAUUAGUGAUUUUGCAGGAGGAUCAUCAAACAAGGCUCAAAUAUCAGAAGUCAGAUCUUAUAGAACCGGUGGUAUUGUUGAAUCUAUUGUCAAUGUUCAAGGGGUUCAUAAAACCAUUAUUGAAAAUGUUAGUGACGAUGAAGGAUUUGAAGUUGACGAUGGAUUCGAAGUCGAUGAAGACCAAAACUUAUUACCCCUGGAGAAUUUUAAAGAUAAAUUUAAAAGAAAAAUGUCUCGUUAG